GUAUGCGCACAAGCACCUAGCAGAAUGUGCGCGUCCGCGGGAGGGCCCGGUAGAAAAUGGCGAGUCUGUGCAAAAGGCAGCAAUGCACGAUCGAGAGGCGCGGCUUUCGACAGGAACUUGACUCGUGGCGACACAAACUCAUUCACUGUGUAGGGUUUGAAAGCAUUUUGGAAGGGCUGUUCGGGCCGGGACUAGUCAAAGAUAUUACCCUUUUUCAAGAUUGCGAGCCCGAGGUACUGUUGGAUUGGUCGUUUGAUGUAAAUUGUCUCUUUUGCUGCUUAAGACGAGAGAAAGUCAAGGAACACUUGGUUGGCAUCACUCCCCAGGUCUUAUCAGAGUCAGAGGACUUGAAACAGGACACGUCCAAAAUCAACCGCCUGGAGAAGCAAGCCGAAGAGUUCCUCAAUGCUGUCUUCUACAGAAAGGCAGACCUCCCAAGCUUCUCGGACCCCCACAUCCCUCUAGUGGCUCGUGAGAUAAUGCAGCGAAUGAUCCGUCAGUUCGCUGCCGAAUAUACCUCAAAAAACAGCUAUUCUCAGGACCCCCCCCAUCAGCCCCAGCCCAACGGCAUCAAGGACCAAAGCCGCCUCUUGCCGAGAGCGGCCUCUCCAGCCCCGGCCCCCCCCGCUCUGCCGGGGGCGUCCAGCCCCCCGUCCCCGGGACCGGGCCUCAGCCCCGCCUCCGCCUCUGCCUUCGCCCCGGACAGUGGGAACGGAGCCGGUAGUAACUGUAGUGGUACCGGUGCUGCUGCCUCUGCACAGAACCCCGUCCUCAGCAAGCUUCUCAUGGCCGACCAGGACUCUCCACUGGACCUCACCGUCAAGAGGCCAGACCCCACAGAGACCAAAACAGAGGAUGGAGUCCUGGACCUCUCCACCAAGAAGGCCCACGGCACCGUCCUCAAAAACUCUCACAGUUACACCCUGUUGCCCACAGUGAAGGGGCGUGCCCUGAGAGUUGAGCGCUCCUUUCGGGACGUGGAGGACGAUGACAUGCUGCCGAGAAGCUUACAGGACGGGCUGAGGGACAGCUACGUCAGUUCCGCCCCCCUCAAGCCCCCAUUGGCCCAUUCGCUUCUUAUAAAGGAGGAGCUCCUCAGCCAGAAGCACCGCCUCCUCGGCCAGCCUCCGGCUCUCUCAUUGGCUAGUCUGGAGGCGGCGGGGCUUCUCAACCACGGGAACAAAGGGAACCACGUGGAGCCCCACCCCCUCCUGGCACGGGACGGCUCUCCGUGGGGUUCCUCCAGUGGUAAAACCCACCACCACCAACUGGACAGCCUGCUGAGGCUGAAGCAGGCCAGCGCCAUCCUCUCAGACCUCCAAGACCUGCCUCUGUUCUUGGACAACCACCACCACGGGGCGUUCUCCUCCAAGAGCUCCUCCGGAGGUGGCCUCCGCCACCACCAUGGCUCCACCAAGACCCACCAUGAGGUGGUGGUGAAGAGGGAGCCGGGAGGCCACCACUCCCCGCCCGUGGACCUGAAGAUCCCCCAGGUGAGGGGCAUGGACCUGUCAUGGGACUCCCACGCCUCAGACCUGUACGGGUACGGGGCCAUGGUGUUGGGCGCCGGGGGCCACGGUGGGGUGGAGAAUGCUUUGAGCAGGAAGCUGAGGGUCAUCCUGCCCAAGCAGAACCGGCGUGCCGGUAGCCUGAGAGGCAGCCUGGGAGGUUUUCUGGAUGGGGCAGCAGACUACUGGAGCUCCGACGUGGAUCAGGGGACCUCCGGGCAACCAUACCCGACCUCCGACCCCGAGGGCGACCCCUGCUCUAAGCAGCCCAGGAAGAAGAGGGGGCGCUACCGGCAGUACAACAGCCAGAUCUUAGAAGAGGCCAUCGGCAUGGUGAUGGGCGGGAAGAUGAGCGUAUCCAAGGCCCAGAACAUGUACGGGAUCCCUCACAGCACACUGGAGUACAAGGUGAAGGAGCGACUGGGCACACUGAAGAAUCCUCCUAAGAAGAAGCUCAAAUUGACCUUGAGGAUGGGAGGACAGGAUUCCGCCGCCGAGUCAGAGACUACACCAACCGCGACGCCGCGAGAGGUUGCGCCACCGGAGGCCGCCGAUCUGAACCACGAGCAAAAAAUGAAAAUGGAAUUUGAAGAUUAACUGAGAAACAACGAUGACGACGAAUCCUCCCUUUCCUUAUAUAUGUAUAAAAACAUCUUAACAUUAAGACUAAAGUAAUUGGAAACAAAUGGAGCUUUAUUUGUGCCAAUUUACUGUUGCAGUAUCUGGGUGAGCACAAGCGCAGGGAUAUGAGGAGGAUUCUAAAACAAGCUGGAGAUUAAAACUAAACCAAUCGGCUGGUUCUGCGGUUGUCGUUUUGACACUGCACAUUUGUUUAGCUUUUAUAUCAAGCGGCGAAACAAAUGCGUCAAAAGCCACUAGUGACGUGACAGUUAUUAAUUACAGUUUGUAAAGCAUGUUGAUUAUCCCCCCCAAAACCCGAACUCCCCCUAUUCUGAACUUGAUACACUGACCCUGCAUUGCUUUUAAAUGCAGUCUGGGCUGCGGAAUAUCUCAACUUUGGGAAAAAUUUGAGGGGGUUAAAAAUUAACCCUUUUGAACAAACUAUUAUGGUCCCCCCCUCUCUCAUUUAAGUACUAGUACCAAUUGGUAAGUGAACUGUCUCCUAUGUUUUGAACCAACUCUAAAACUAGUAACGUCACAGGAAGCUCUCUCACCAGGAAGCUGAAUCAAAACCGCAUUAUUUCUAUCGCCAGGUAGCCAUUUCUCUUUAACAAACGCAAAACUUUCUUUCCUCCUUCGAUAUUCUGCUACUCUUUAAAAGUGAACGAAAGCAACAUUGGCCGUGUCCUUUUUAAGGUAAAGACACAAAAUAGUCAAUCAGGGAUGCAUGUUCGUAAGUUUUAGUAAAUAACUACUAACUUUUAGAAUAUUUUGAAUGUUUUUUUUGUUUGUUUUAUCUUCUUUUGUUUGGCUUUCUUUUGCACUACACUUUCAGUCUGGCGCUCACCGGCGCCACCCAGUGGUGACAGACCAGGUUACCUCGGCAUUGCUGUCCUAGCAUCAUGCACUUAAGGUCUGUCAUAAUCCCCGGCCAACUGCGCUCCAGGUACAAGUUACCCGUAGCCACAGAUCUAGGAUCAGUUUACCCUGCCUUAACAAUUAGGGGGGAAACCUCAAAACUGACCUGAGAUCAGCAUGUAGGGGCAAUUUUAUAUCUCUGCUGCUCUCCUGGAGAGAGCUCCUCAACCUCAACGGUGGUAGGUAAAUGUUGCCUCUAACCACUGGUCCAUAGUCAGAUGUCUUUUUUUAUCCCCUUAUUGCUAAGGUUUGGAUUGGGGCUUGGUGAUCUGAUCCUAGUUCAGUGGUUGAGCGCAACUUCUACCUCAAGCACCUGCAACAAGUGAAUCUGUUCCCAAUCCCGAUCCUAGGGAGCUGUAGCCAUCUCUGGUUUUCAUUCCAACCAACGACCUCAUGCAUAUGCGCUCAGCUAAUUAGUGGGCAGGGUUCUCCUAACACUAUGACAUCACAUGGAGUGAUAACCACAUGCAUUGUAGCUCUCCAAGACCAGGAAGUGGAAACAUUGCUGCUACAAUAUAUAUAUAUUAUCCUGUACUGAGCGAAGGUUUUACCAGCCUUACUGUCUCUAAACACUAAACAUUUCAUAAAGUUUUCUGUUUUAGAAUUCUAACUAAGUAAAAGCUUCUUAGUUGAUGAGUUUUGAAAUGGCUCCUCUCACUCCCAUGUGGUUUUAAAAUGUUCAAAGGUAGUUUCAAAGGCAGUUUAUUACGACAAUGUGCAUUUAUACUGGGGGGGGGGCAUUUAACAGUGAGAGGGGAUGUGUUCGGUUGGGAGGGAUUAGGGGAUAAUAUAAUAUAAAUUAUUAUGACACUGAACUUAAAGCCAAUCCGCAUUUCUGGAUGAUUUUGUUCCUCAUUUUUAACUCAGGGUACCUGAGACGGGAAUCUCUUGACGAAGCCAUGAUUCUAAAACACGGACGUGUUUCCUUUAUCCUGCAGGACCUAAAAGUGAAGGGCAGGACAUGACUUCUCUCACUCUGCUACUUCUGACGGGGGGCGGAGCUUACAGCCCGGCUAGGUGGGUGUGGCUUAGCAGUGCCACGCCCUGUAGACCGCGGUGAAUCAUGAAGAAGGUAACACAAACUAAAACAGUGAAGAGGGUGUGAGGAGAAGUUUGGAAAUUAAACGUCUGAAAAUAGCACCUUUUUUCUUUUUACCGCGUGAGAGAGAGGAAGAUAUUGUAGCUCUUUUCAGAGAGAUGGGGAUGGGUUUGGAUGGGAGGAAGAGAGGUGAUUAGAGGAGGGUAAGGGGUGGCCAGAAAGCAAAAAGAGAGAAAAAAAAGCUUUAGUGUCUGAAAGACUUUCAGAGAGCUGCAGCUUGGACCUAAACAUAUUCUGUUUCUUCUCUAUUACCUCCUCAGUACCCUGGUUGAUGCUUGAAUUUGUCAGAUUUCGUGUAGUGUAGUUGUCAUAUCUGGUUCCUGCCCCGCAGCCCUCCUGCCAAACCAGGCGGGAACUAUCUUAUCUGUCGUCAUGUUUUGUCAGGGGAAAGAAAAAAACCAUCCUUCUGAGAAAAUGUUUUUAGAAAAAGAUGCUCUCGUUUUUUUUGUGUGUUGGGGGCAAAAAAAAAGACAAAGGAAAAAUAAAAAUAAACAUGUU